GGGUAUUGGGGUAUUGAGGUCCUUUUCGUUACGUUUCGGUGAUUCUGCUAGUCUCGUUCGUCUGAUUGUUAUGCCAAAGCAGAGUCAUUGCCAUGGCAAAUGACAUUCAACUUCUCGAUAAUUCCACCACAAAAGCUCAACCAAUUGAAUCCGAAUCCGCAGUUGGUUUAGAUGAGUCCAAACUUCAUGAAGGUGUUCCCAGACGAGGAUUAGAUUUUGAUGAUUGGACUUCGCUUAUUUCGGAGACUGAGAAAAAGUAUCCUGAUGACAUUGAUAAAAUAUCUUUGGUAUAUGAUUCCUUCUUGUCUGAGUUUCCUCUGUGCCAUGGAUACUGGAGAAAGUAUGCAGCUCUUAAAACAAGAUUGUGCUCUGUUGACAAGGCUGUUCAAGUCUUUGAACAAGCAGUUCAAUCAGCAACUUACUCUGUCAGUAUUUGGUUUGACUACUGUAGCUUCAGCAUAUCAGCUUUUGAAGAUACAUCUGACAUUCGUAGAUUGUUUAGGAGGGCAAUAUCCUUUGUUGGAAAGGACUACUUAAGCUAUAGCUUGUGGGACAAGUACAUCGCGUUUGAGCUAUCUCAACAGCAGUGGGAUUCUUUAGCUCUGAUUUACAUCCAAACUCUGAGAUUUCCUACCAAGAAGUUGUCUUAUUACCACAGCAGUUUUAGAAAGUUGACUGCUUCUCUCAAAGAGAGUAUCCAAUCUGACACUGGGUGCAAUCCUUCUAUGCACACGGAAUUAGAAGCUUCGCCUGAUGGUGAAGUCCCCAUCUAUUGUACAGACUCUGAAGUAGCUUCAGUCAUUAAAGACCUACUGGAUACGUGUACUGAUGCCACGACAAGGUAUAGUGCACUAGAGAAGUAUGUGCAUGCUGGAGAGAAACUCUAUGAUGAAGCAUGUCAACUGGAGGGAAAAGUUGUUCACUUUGAGCGUAAAAUCAGGAGGACAUAUUUUCAUGUAAAGAAACUUGAUGCUGAUCAACUGAAGAAUUGGCAUUCUUAUCUGGACUUUGUUGAGAUGUAUGGAGAUUUUGACUGGGCGGUUAAACUCUAUGAGCGAUGCUUAAUUCCCUGUGCUAAUUAUCCUGAGUUUUGGAUGCGCUAUGCGGAGUUUAUGGAUUCUAAGGGUGGGAGAGAGAUAGCAAUGCUUGCUCUAGAGCGUGCAACAGAAACUUUCCUUAAGAAAGUUCCUGAUAUCCAUCUCUUCAAUUCAAGGUUUAAGGAACAAAUAGGAGAUUUAUCUGGUGCACGUUCUGCUUUUCUUCAGCUUGAUGCAGAUUCAGAUUUAGAUUCUAACUUUGUGGAAAAUAUUAUAUUGAAGGCUAAUAUGGAGAAACGAAUGGGAAAAUCUACAGCAGCUUUUAAUGUUUACAGAGAAGCACUGGAAAUGGCUUUGAUGAAGAAGAAAUUGGAUGUUCUGCCAUCUCUGUAUAUUCAUUUUUCUCGACUUAAAUACACGAUUACAGGAAGUGCAGAUGCUGCUAUGGAAGUCUUAAUAGAUGGGAUCAGAAAUGUACCUCUCUGCAAAUUACUGCUCGAGGAACUUAUAAAAUUUGUAAUGAUGCACAGAGCACCAAAGCUUAUAAAUUUAGUUGAUCCCAUUGUAGCUAAUGCAAUAUCUCUCAUUCAAGAUGAAUCUCAAGGCUGGAGCGAGCAAGACAGAGAGGAUAUUUCAGCUCUGUAUUUAAAGGCAGUUGACCUUUGUGGAACCAUCCAUGAUGUAAUGAAGGUGUGGAAUCGGCAUAUAAAAUUGUUUCCACAGUCUAUUAGACCAAUGUCAUAUGAGGACCCUAUUCCAGGGACAGAGGCCUUAAGAAUUACCAAGGGAGGAAAACAAACAGCAGAUACUACUGUACCCAACCAGCCAAUCAACGAUGGUGAUUUUGAUCCAUCAACUCAGCUCUCUUUAGAAGACAAUAAACAGUCUCCGUUAGAAAGCCAAAACUUCCAGAAUGACCAAUCUGCCAAUGGGAAUGAACCAACUUCCUACUCACUCGGAAAUCACAAUAUCGAUAUGAAGGAGCCUACAAUUGACCAUAUUAAUUCUGUAGAAGCUGAAAUUAGUGGACAGGCAAGAGUGCAGCAGACUUCUCCAAAAGUUCCUGAGCAUUAUGGAGAAGGUGGAAAUGGGGUUGAAUUAUCACCAAUGCCUGUGGACAACUCAAAAGAAGAUGACUAUGGUCAUGGUUUGGGACAGAGCUUGAAAAAUAUUUCAAUUGGGAAUCUUUCUUUGAACCCAAAGAAUAAUGACAAAAUAGAUUUACUCCCCAAAGCAUCUCACCAAGGGGAAGCUCCAUUGGAAAACAGCAUGUCUAGUGAAAGUGUCAGCGAUACAGAUGAAGGGGCUUUGAUGCACAACCCACUGGGUAUCAGAUCUUCCGGUUCCAUCCGGAUUUCUAAUGAAGUGGCUAGUCCAUCAUCGUCUCCGAGUCAUGAUAAACAUAUACACACCCAAGAACCUUCACGGUUUCACAUGCGUGGAGCUGAAAAUAGGAAAUGGCACCAUAAACGUAAUGCUGGUAACUUCCAUCGUGAAUCCCAACACCAUUUUCCGGGACAUUCACGAAGAAGGCCUCAUCGAACGUGGCAAGGUUCUCCUCAAGACUACCAAGGAACUAAAUCUGGUCAAGCACCAGAUGGUCAAGAUUAUACUUCUGAUUCUAUUGCUUCACAAAAACCACAAAUUGAACGAAGCAGCCAAGAACACAAUCAGAUUCAAUCUGCACAGCAGCAGAACUUCCCCACUACUUCUCAGUCUCAACUUCCUUCUCAAGGUUUUACUCAAGAGAAGUCUCAAUAUCUUACCCCAAAUGACGAGCAAUAUGGUCAUUGGCAGAGUGGUCAAGCCCCACAUACCUAUGAACAGAUGUGGCAAUAUUAUUACUACCAGCAGCAGCAGCAGCAGUAUCUUUUGCAGCAGCAGCAAUUUCAACAAUCACAGAUUUUUCAGCAACAGUAUCACCAGCAGCAACUGCAAAUGCAACAUCAAUAUUUGCAGUCUCAACAACAAUAUCCUUAUGAGCACGUGCAAUUACAGCAGCAAUAUCAAAUUCAGCAGCAAUUGCAACAAACUCAGCAACAGCAGCAUUUACUCAGCCUCCAGCCGCAAGCAGUCUCCCAGACAGAGCAGCAAUUAUUUCAACAACAUGAGCAUCAGCCAGAAGAACUGGAGGAAGAAGAACAAAAGCCACACAUGAAGCAGAUUUCUUCGUUGUCCAUUCAGAUGCACACUGGUGGCCAUGAUCAUCUGGAUUCUUGACAAAAUAGUGGUAACCUGGGCUACCAAUUGAGGCGUCUGUGGUAAGUAUAUUAGCUCAUCAGCUGAGCUAACCAAUCAGUAGACAGUAGCAUUGAAAGUUAAGGUGGAGCUCGUGGAUUAUUUUUUAUUCAGUCUGAAAAAGUGCACUGACAGUAUUUUAUUUUACCUGCAGUGCUUAUGGUCUACUUCACUCCUGAAUCUUCAGCGAGAAAAAGUUUACAAAGUAGGGUCCAUAAUUUUACAAUACCUCCAUCUUCUCUUCUUAUUUGUCUUGUACAUUAACAUUAGCUGCAAUCUAAAAAGCUAGAUGGCAGGUUUGGCCUUGCAUUUCUGAAAGAGAAUGGAAAAGAGAAAUCAAGGAAGUCAAAAGUAAACUUUUUGGGAUAAAUAUUACAUCAUAAGCACAAGAGAAGGGAUUUAAGCCGACCUACGACCUAUAAGGAGUAGAUACCCGAUAGCUAUUGAGCCACAUUCAAGUUGGCAGGUCAAAAUAAACUUGAUAUACCCAACAGUAUUAGGGACAUUUAAAUCAUUUGAAGAUUCAGUGUUUGAAAGGACAAAGCAGAGGCAUGAAUAACUCCAAUCAUUCCAGCAGAGGUUAGGUUGUAAUGGACUAUCUUCCAUCGAAACAGGACCAAGUUCUUCAAUUCCCUCGAAGGAUUAGUCUUGGCCCAUGGUUCCUUGAUGGGCCAUGGCUGUCUGCUCAACUCUCAUUGGCGAUGCUGAAGAAUUAGGUGCUGAGGCCAUGUGUCCAAUUCUUUGCCCACAGCAGAGGGUUUAGUUCUGGAAAAAUUCGGCAAGAGCAAGACAAAGGAACUGAGACGUGUGAAGUUAUUCUGAAAACUGUCAAGAAUGUGGUUAGUGAAGCAGCAAUUGCAAGUGGUCAAAGGGAAAGCAGGAACUUGCCUGGCUGCUUAUUCCGAAAGAUUCUAAAUUUUAAAUUUGUUGUAUUAGUGAACUACAGCUGUGAUGUUUAUGCUUUUUUCGAUGGAUUUGGUAUGAGUUUUUAGAAUGGUCAAA